CGAUUUUUUUCAGAAAAAGGGGAGUCCAAUGAUUCGGUUGGUGAGACAGGCUUUCUAGUCUAGCGGCGUGUUAAAAGUAAUGUGCGUUGGAAGUUGAAGAGAAGAAGGGGGAAAAAGAUGAGCGAGAAAAGGGCAGUGAUCGAAACGGAGCCGCUGUUGUCUCCGGACUCGGUUGGCGGUUACCCGGAAUUAAUGUUGGAAGGAGAUGUUCGAGCGGCGAGUCGAUCUGGCAAUAUUGUUGACAGCAGUUUCAGUGAUGUCAAGCGAGAAAAUGACGAUCCGAAGGAAGCUGAUACCACUUAUGGACUAGCUCCAGCUGAGAGAAAUCAUCAGCAUGCUACUUCGAACAUGGAGACCAUGAUUCACCUGCUGAAGGGAAAUAUCGGGACAGGCGUGCAAGCCAUGCCGGAUGCGCUGUCCAACUCUGGCCUCGUCCUCGGCUCCGUCGGCGUUGUGGCCAUGGGUGUGGUGUGUAUCCACUGUAUGCACAUGCUUGUGAUGGCUUGCCACACAUUGUGCUCGCGCUUGCGGGUCUCAACGCUAGACUAUGCGGAUGUGGCCUACCACGGCUUCCGCACAACUGCCGGCCCUGACCGGCUCCGCAACCUGGCCCGAUGCAGUCGGCGCAUCGUCAAUGCAUUCCUUGUCUUAACGCAGAUCGGCUUUUGCUGCGUGUAUUACGUAGUCCACCCUUUAAUUCGCAGUUUUCAAUUUUCCAUUUUCCAGCUGACUGGUGAUAGUUGGAGUGUGCACACCUGGCUUAUGGUUCUGUUCGUGCCAUUCUGUCUGCUGUCACUAGUGCGUAAUCUCAAGUUAUUGUCGCCGAUCUCGAUGACAGCUAAUAUACUGCAAGCCGGAGGAACAACCGUCAUUUUCUACUACUUGCUGCGAGAUUUGCAGCCAGUGUCGAGUCGGAAAUGGGUGGCACCUGUGCGCCAAUGGCCGCUGUAUUUCGGCACAGCAAUUUACGCAUUUGAGGGCAUUGGGAUCGUCCUGCCGUUGGAGAACAAAAUGAAACGACCUGCGGACUUCGUGGGCUGCACAGGGGUCCUUAAUACUGGGAUGGUGCUCGUGACGUGUCUGUACACGGCCAUGGGAUUCUUUGGAUACUUGCAAUACGGUGAUGACGUAAAAGGCAGUAUUACGUUGAAUUUGCCCGCUGGGGAUCCCUGGGCAGCUGGAGUACAAAUUGCCAUGACGGUCGCCAUAUUUUUGUCGUAUGCGCUGCAAAUGUACGUACCUAUCGAGAUUCUCUGGCCGCAAGUGAAAAAUGCCUUGCCGUUGUCUUACUCAUCUACGCGCUACGAAAUCUUGGCCGAUUACGCAUUCCGGAUCGGGCUCGUUCUUCUGACAUUUGCCCUUGCGGCACUUGUGCCGAAUGUGGGUCUUUUCAUUUCACUCGUCGGCGCGGUGAGUUCCUCUUUCCUUGCCUUGGUUUUCCCGCCGAUGUUGGACUGCGUCGUGUUUUGGUCGCAACUGACCUGGGUGCGGGUCACCAAGAACGUGGCCAUCAGUCUCCUGGGCGUCCUCGGAUUUAUCACAGGAACGUACGCAUCGUUGGAGCAAGUAUUUAUACACUUGGGUCCAGGUUCUGGCCCUGUCCCUAUACCCCCUAUUGUGGCAAACUCAACGUUCACCUAAUGGAAUUUCGAUACUUUUCUUCACCUAUGGUACCUUCUGUUUUUUGGUGUCCAUUCUUGCAUUCCGUGAUGUGAAGGUUUGAAGGGUUUUUUGAUUUCAACAUGCUUCCAUCGUUCGUCCGCCGCGUCGGUUUUUGGCAGUCGGUGGCAGCGAGAAUUUCAACUGAAAGUGAGAUGAGCUGCGCUGCGCAAAUAUCAAAUGCCAAUUUGAUUUCCUGUUUGUGGAGGUACGAGGGUCUUCUCAAAAAUUAAGUUCACCAAUUCAAGCGAUCAUUGUAAGAUUGUUCAUCAGUGGAAAUUCUGUUGCAUUUUUUCUUUCCCAUCGUUCGUUUGAGCAAUUACGAGUACUCUAUUUUUACAUUUUCGGGCGAAGCUGGCAAUGAUGAAUGAAAAUAAGACGCAGAAUAUCAUUAGACUGAAGUAAAUCUCACAGAGUUAUUGUACGUAUUUUCAACUUUGUACGGAGUGAUCUCUGAUCUCUCUCGUUUUUCAAGCUAACCCUGUACAACAACAAAAAGUGAUGAAUUAUUGAUAUUAGUGUUUGCAAAAGAAACUGCGAUUGAUUUGUGAAACCCCUUUGAAUUAUGUUCAGCAUCAGGUGUCUGAGAAUGGCAAGAGUUGUAAAGAGCAAUGUAGACAUUUGACAAAAAUCCUUGGUUGAUGCCUGAAAAGAUAACAGCUUGAAAAAUGAGUGCCAUGGUAGUUUUUGACGAAUUUUCUGAUUUGCCUCUAAAUUUUAUCGCAUUAUUUAUUUAUUUAUUUUUCAAAUCCCAAUCUUGGGAAAGAAGAAGCUAUCAGGAGAACUUCGAAAAAAGUUUAGAAAAAGUAAUCUCCUGUUGACUGCCUCCAAGAAUAGACUCACUACUUUUGAUGAGACCCUCGUAUAAAACGUGUUUGUGUCCUUUUGAGUGCAAUGAUCUUACGGAUUGUGAUUUGUUAUAGUCGCGGUUGGAGGAGUUUUAGCGAUUGAAGCACUGGAUUUAUAUAGCAAUUUAUUUUAUUCAUUUGCGUUUUAUUUUCUGAACGCGUAAAGAAGGGAUUUUUGAGUUGGCUUUUUUGUGAGUAUUCGCUGCAUUUUGGAAAAAUGCAUGCAUGACUCCUCAUGGAGUAACGCAUUAUCUGAUGGAAAAAAAGUGUUGGCGCGUGUGACGCAUUGGCAAGAAAAGCACGGAAAAAAGGAAACCUGUUUCUUUAGUCGAUAUCUGGACAAAAGAGGUUCGAAAGCAGGAAUUCCGACGGGUGGUCACACGAAAAAUAAAUCGCGCAGAAGAACGGAAAAUUCCGGAGAACUGAACAAAUUUCGUUUUCCAUUGAUCUCGUCUUUUUUUCUCCUGACAAAAUACGAAUUUUUCCCAUGAGAAAAUGGCUCUUGCGUUUUUUGUACUCGCAGAAAUGUGGUUGCUAUCUGCUCGAAAGUUGUUCGCAUCUUCUUUGAGACGAUGUUCGGGAGUGGCCAGUGUGGGUCCAGUGAAAACUGCGCUGGUUUCCGAUGAGCAAUUGGUGGUUGAAGGCUGGGUGACAGGUUUGCGGAAACUGAAGCAAACAACGUUUGUGGAUGUGACUGUUGCUGGUGAUGACCGCCAUAAGCGUGUGCAGCUUGUUCUCUCGUCAGCCGAGAAACCAGAGGACCUGCGUUUGGGUUGCGCUGUCCGAGCUUCUGGCCGCGUGGCGCCGAGUCGCCGCCAACGAGACUGCUCUGUUACCAUGUCGACGGAUUUGAUUGUUGAACAGAUGGAAGUGGUUGGUCGAUGCGAGCCGGAAGUCGAGGACAUUGCCUGGUUUUCCGCAAAACCGUCUCCGCUAAGUCCCGGGAGCGACCAGGCGAGACGCAAGAUGCAUCUCCGUCCUCGACUGGCGUCCUUUGCCGCCCUUCUGCGCCUUCGCAGCCAACUCACCCUAGCCAUUCACGACUUCUUUGCCAGAGAAGAGGGUUUUACUUGUGUGCACACGCCGAUUAUUACAACGAACGACUGCGAAGGCGGCGGAGAAUCCUUUCUCGUCAAGGCAGGUGUCGUCUUUUUAAUGUAUUGUAGAACUCCGAUAAUCCGGGCUUUUAAAAUGAGUAUAAUAAAUAAUUCUUGUCCCUGUAAUCUGAUACUGUGACACGAAUAAUCGAUUUAAAAUAAUUUAUUGAGGAGAUGCAAGAUUCCGAGUAUUUAAUAUUAUCGAAAUGAAGUCCGAUUGUCGCAUGAAGAUACUGUAGUCAAUCGCAGGCAGGUGAAAAUGAUGAGGGGAAAAAUCGUGAGACUUCCGCGCAGUUCUUAACUUUUUAUUUCCCGGAUUAUCCGGAGUUUUACUGUUUAAUUUUCGAAAUUUGACGUGGGCCGUGAAGCUUUGUGACGCAUGAAACAGCCAGCAAGCAUGGGGUUAAUCAAGGAAAUGAGGGGAGAUGCCGUCAAGAGUGACGAAACGGUGUAUUUCGGAGAAGAAGCGUCGCUCUGUGUGUCGUCCCAAUUACACCUGGAGGCUGCAGCAUGGUGAGUUUCACGGAAAAAUCCGUUUAAAAAUAAUUUGUGAUCAAUUUUUUUUGGCUAAACUCAACUUAUUAAAAUGUUUUUGUUGUACGGAUUUAAUUUACUCCACGUGCAAUUGUCAGCGGAGUUGUUGGUUGCGAUGCGUUUAUAUUAGCGUUUAUUUUUUCUAGCCGUUAUGGCAGCAAGUAAUUCAGAAAAACGGGAUGUUUACUUGGUGCCUUGUGUUCAAAUACCCUUAGUUUUCAGUUUUUGAGCCCGAAAGUCGAGGAGUGUGGCAUUCAAUUUGAAAAACUAACGCUUUUAUAUUCCCUACGAAAUGUUCCGAUUUUACGAGGGGUGUCAUUUUUUCCGCCCACUCCGCAUAGCAUUAGAAGUAAAAGUCGGGCAGCUUAGAAUCUUAAAUGACCAGACAAUUCGUAAUAAUUGUCGGGAAACUCUAGAAUAGAUGAUUUGAAAGUAAUUUUCUUUUUUCCGCACACUUCAAUAUUUUAUUUUAAAUCCCCUGAUUUUCCCACCAUCGCUGAUUCUGAGAUGCCCGAGCGCCAGUGGAACACCCAUAUUUCGUGGUGGGAUCUGAAAAUCUUGCCAAAACCUGUGCCGAAUUGUCUUGUAGGGCUCUCUUUAAUUAAUUGAAAGCUUAAAACUCAACAUCUUUUGUAUCAGCAAAAAUGCUUCAUAGUUUUUUCCUGGAAACCCCGUGAAGACUAUUCAGUAAAAAAUCUUUUUACGCUGAAAAGUGGAUUAGGAAAGGUGUAUUCCAUUACACCCGCAUUCCGAGCAGAGAACAGCCAAUCAACGCGGCAUUUGAGCGAAUUUUGGAUGGUGGAGGCAGAAGUCGCAUUCUGUGAUGAUCUGAGUCAGCUCUUGGACCUCAUCGAGGCUCUUUGGAAGCACUUGACGAAGAAAGUGGUUCUGGAAAACCCCGUGGCUUUCAAGGAAGCCUUUCAUGGCCCUGUUGAAGCAGCGAAUAGAAAACUCGAAGAGUUACGGCGAAUGAGUGUGGAAAAAUUCGAACGCCUGAAGUUUUCUGAUGCCCUGACCUUGGCGAAUAAGUUGGUUGUGGACGAGCGAGGGGAUGGAAUGCAAUUGUCCCGACAACAAGAGCUUGUUGUUGCCGAGCAGGUCGGUCGUCGACCCGUGUUCGUGACGGACUGGCCCUCGGGCUCCAAGCCAUUUUAUGCCCGAACCUGUCGCGACAGUGGUCUGGUGCAAGCUGUGGAUCUGCUAGUGCCUGGAGUUGGAGAGAUUUGUGGUGGGUCAUUGCGUGAGAACGACGUCGAUGCUUUGAAACGACGAAUGGGCCCAUGCCCCGGCCUUCAAUGGUAUUUGAAGUUACGACGUUAUGGGUACGCGCCCACUGCGGGAUUUGGUUUGGGCCUCGAGCGUUAUCUUCAGUCGGUGCUGGACGUACCAAGCGUCAAAGAUUGCAUUGCUUUUCCACGUUGGCCACAUCACUGUCAAGCCUGAUUUGCGUUUUUUCUCUUUAUUUUCUUUGCCCUGUGAAUGGCAGUCGAUACGAAUUGAGCAAAAUGAAAUAUCGUGAUUUUCUGUG